CCCUCCCCCUUCCCCAAAACCCACACACCACCACCGCCUUCCCCACCGGGCAUCUACCGCCUCCGCGGCCGUUUGCUCCUCACGCAGAACCUUUCUCCAUCCAUGGCGGCUCCGGUCGACGUGCCUUCCAUGUCGGCUCCGGUCGACGCUCCUUUCGUGGUAGCCUCGGUUGACGCUCCCUCCAUGGCGGCGGCCGCCGGUGGUCUCACCCCGGGUGAUGGUCCUUCCGAGGCGAAAUCGGGUGACGGUCCUUCCAAGGUGGCCCCCGGUCACGGUCUCUACUCCGAGGUCGGCCAGAAGGCCAGAGAUCUCCUGUACAAGGACUUCCACACGGACCAGAAGUUUACCCUCACCACUCGCGCCAAUAAUGGAGCUGCAAUCACUGCUACAAGCACAAAGAAAAAUGAAGCUAUCCUUGGCGACAUCAAGACCCAGUUUAAGUUCAACAAUGUCAAAGUGGAUGUGAAAGCAACUACAGACUCUGAAGUGUUAAUCACAACCACAACUGAAGAUCUUGGUUUGGUAGGCUUGAAGAAGAUUGUAACCAUUCCUUUUCCAAAUCAGACUGCUGGGAAGGUUGAAGUCCAGUACUUGCAUGAUUACGCUGGUCUCAAUGUCUCUGUUGGCUUGAACUCAAAACCUCUAAUUAACCUUUCUGGUGUGUUUGGCAACAAAGCUCUUGCUGCUGGUGCUGAUGUUGCCUAUGAUAGUGCAACUGGGAAUUUCACCAAGUACAAUGCUGGUGUGAGUCUCACCAAUGAAGAUCUUUCUGCUGCUGUGAUGCUGAACAACAAAGGGGACAGUCUCACUGCGUCGUACUACCACUCGGUGAACAAAGAGACGGCUGUUGGAGCAGAGGUGACCCACAGCUUCUCGAGCAAGGAGAACACCUUCACCUUUGGAUCGCAGUAUUCCUUGGACCCUCUCACCACUGCCAAGUUGCGCUACAACAACUUGGGCAUGGUCAGCACCCUCAUCCAGCACGAGUGGAGGCCCAAGUCGUUCCUCGCCCUCUCCACUGAAGUCGACACCAAGGCUAUCGACAAGAGCUCCAAAAUCGGGCUAUCUCUGGUGCUUGAGCCUUGAUGACGAUGCUGACCCCUUCUCUAGUGUUAGGAUGGUGGAUUGGUGGUUCUCUAGUUUAGUAUCUUUUUGUUUGCAUCCCAUAUCAGCACCUCAGGUCGUGUGAAAACAAGUCUGAUUAACCUUUUGGCUCGAAUUUUGGUCUCGAUUCUGCAAAGUAGUCCUUUGGUGGUCGAACACUAGUAUCUGCCCGAUGUCCAUAGCCUGUUUCAGAUGUUCGAACUAUAUCAGUGAUUCUAGCAACUCGUGUCGUUGUUUCUUCCUAAUCUUGUAACUGCUUUACUCGAUUUCUGUCUUGAUACUCUUCUCGUAAUUUGUAUCCUCGAAAUUAGCAAA